AUGGACAUCUAAAAUGAAUCAUAAGACUUUUCCAAACUUAAUUCUCUUCAAACUAAAGAUAUUACAGAGUAUCUAUCCAAAGAUUAUUAUAACAAAUUUAAAAUGGAAUAAAAUUUAUAUGAUCAAUCAGCCACACUCUCUAGACUAUCAAUUAUUGAUAAAACAAGUGAUGAUUUUAUUAAUAAUACUCAAUUAAAAGCUAUAUGUUGUUCAGAAAGGUUAUCUGAGGAAAUAUAUAAAAAUUAAGUAUAAAUUUUCAAUUAUGAUUAGAUUUUAGAAAAAUAGAUUACUAAUUUAUAAUAAUAAUUAAAAUUGGCUAUUAAUCACAUUUCCAUUUUAUAAAAUUAAAUGGAAUAAAAAUAGAAAGAUAUCGAUCUAUUAUAGAAAAAAUUAGAAGAACAAAUUAAUAAGAAUGAAAAUGAGAAAAAAAAUUAUUCAUAAACUUAAUUAAAGAUUGAUAAAUAAUAAAUAUGCUUAAAGUAUUCAUGAUAAUUAAAUUAGGGACUAAAAAAAAUCUUCAAAAAUAGUUCAGAAAAAUUAAUUUUAUUGUUAUUUAAAAAAUCUCUCUAAAUAAUAUGCAAAGAAUAAUUUAACAAACUAAAAGUCUACAUAAUCUGAUGUCUCUAUCAAAAGAUUUUAGAAUACCUAAGUAAAUUUUACUGAAGAUUAUUAAAUGAAAGAUGCAUCGAUCAGUGACUAAAGAUAAAUGUUAAAUUUAUUAAAUUCAAAAUCUAAUUCCAAUUUUAAUUUAAGUGGAAAAAAAUUUUUGUCUCCUUCUAAAUUUCAAUCUUGUUCACCUUAAAAACAAAACAAUUUAAAACAAAAAUUAGAUAUUACUAUAACUCAAAUCUAAGCCAUGCAAUAGCAAUACAGUUAAAUCUUACAAACAAAAUGA